AAACAUUCAAUAGAUGAGAUAUGUUGAAAUUUAUUGCACAUACCUUCUUUUUUGGAAAUGUAUUUCUCCCAAAAGAACUUAUAUUCUUGAUUCAAGACUUUAAUCAUCACUUUAUUGCAUUUACACCUAGUUUGUUAUUAAACUUGUGGAUAUUUUUAGCAAAUUUGCUAAGCUUAAGUACCAACUUGAUUGCCAAAGCUAAAUAUUGCUUAGUGUUUACAUGUGUUGCCCCAACUCAGUCUUGUUCUGAUUUUAUGAUCGUGUACGAGUGAAAAAAGUAUAUGGUAUGUCUGAUGAUAUAGUGUGUAUUUAGUAAGAAUGUAUCUAAACAUUUGUUGGAUAGGUAUAACAAAUGUAAAUGUUUCAUUUAACUUGUUUAUAGCUUACUUUGGGAAGGAUGAAGAGUGACCUUAAUGGACCAAAUUGCCUGUAUAGCACAGUGCUGAGUAUUCAGUAAACUAAUAGGUAAUCUGGGAUCAAGUAUGCUCAGUUAACGAAGGAGUUGUAGAAACAAUAUAAAUAGAUAGCUACAUGAAGCCUUUCUACAUUCAUCUCAAGCUGUUAUUAAAAGCAAGAGAAAAGAAAAUAUGCAUAGGUCCUAGACAGGUGUUAAGUCUGAGCAUGAAGGAAAACCAUCAUCUCAUCUUAUUUAUUUUAACGUCUAGAAGAUACUUUAUUCCUUUAUGGAAGAAAGUGAUGCAAGUUAGGUUACUUCUCUCUUUAAACUUGUGAGGAGUCUGCCCUGUGUCAUUGGGAUUAGUAAUUGCUAUGUUUAUUUUAAUGUGAUAGAAUGGCAGAUACACAAGCAGAAUCUGGAAGUUCCUUGUUAGGGAAUCAAGAAAAUACAGAAAUUGUAGUAAAAAAAGAGAAACCAGAUGUUUCCUUUAAGUCUCCAAAUGAGAGUAAGAACAACAAAAUUUUUGCAAACAAUCAGAUAUCCUUGCCACCUUCUUAUCUUCCUAGUUCAAAAAACCCCCAGAAUACUACAGAUCAACAAUUGAAAGCUACAAAGAAUGCUCAUGCACAAGUUCAACUGCAGUUAGAAAAUAAAGAACUUGUGUCACCUCCCAUAGAUAUCUCUAGCAUCCAAGGAAUUUUUGGGUGGACAACAAUUGGGGGUGUUCAUUUGCCCUUCAUUUUACGAGGACAGGAUAAAUUUAUUGCUGUGAGAAUGGUUGAAGCAAAGGUAGUGAGCAAAUACUCUCGAGUUUUGCCGUGGGUAGUUUUUACUUGUACAAAUAUCAAAAGUUACUUUAUAACAGAAAAUGAAGCCAGACUUCUUAAUGAAAUAAAUGGAUUUCAUUGUGCUUUUCAGUUUGGACAAAAGACUUUUACAUCUAAAGAUGUUGUUGUUUGUUUAUCUGAAAUAUUAUGUUUUCAUGAGUUCCUUGAGACUUGUCGUAGUAAGCUAUUUCCUGUGUCUGGUGACAGGCUUUUGGCUAAGAAAUGUGGUUUGAUAAUGAUGAAUAACAUUGUUUUACCCUACAUUGAUAAAAAUGGAUCAAAGUAUGUUCCAUUUACUAUGCUACCAAAUGGUGUAUUAGCUGAUGCUUCAAGAAAUGUAAAUGAUUGGGACCUAGCUUAUCUGUAUUUUUUGUGUCAUGUUGCUCAGCUUAACAAGACCAAGUUAAAGAGGGGUACCUAUCUAGUUAGUGUGGAUAAACUAUUUUUUUCAUCUGGUCAGGUACCAGUGAUGCAGGAAUGGUGGCCCAAAACACCCUUACUUCAUAUAAACAAUGGGCACAUGUCUCCUUCACCUUCCCCAGAUAGUAUUCAAAGAAUUUGGAAUGUGUCUGUGUUUCCUGAUCAGGUUACUAGGCAGACAGUAAACAAAUAUGUUGAACAACAAGAAAUUCAACAGUUACAGGUGCAGACUUCUAAUAGCAGUAAAGAAAGUUUAGAAGAAAAUAGACUUUUAUCACCAUUUUACAUAGGUCAUCAUGGUGCACCAGUGAGACAAGCAACUUCUCCAAAAGUCAAUGGUGCUAUACAUGAUGGCUUUCAGGUUGUUGAUAAUAGAGGACAACCAAUUCCAACUACUAGUAUAUUAAGGGGGCAUGUACCAGCUGUACCAGCAAGUGGCUACCUUGUUCCCCCUCCUGGAAGUUUACUGAACCACUUAGAUUCUCCAUCAUUAUCCAGUUCUUCAAGUCAUGAAAUACCAAUGUUUCCAUCUCUAAAUGGUUCAUCAGGUACUUACCCAGUUAACAGUUCACAAAUGUUGCUUAACUUACAUAGUCACCAGUUAGGAGGGCAUCAGGUUUUCUCACCACAGCCAGUCACAGCCAGUCUUGUCCAGCAAAAUAUGUUUGGAAACUUGGUAAAACCAGGAAACCAUUCCUCUGUAUUUCAUCAGAGACAUCAGGACAGUUUACCAGAUUUACAUCAAAGACAAGAUAGUCUACCAGAACCACCUCCUUUGAUUCUUGAUGUCAACUGCCAAUUGAAUGGGGGAGGAAACUCCUUGAGAGGUAGUCACUCUGUAAGAAAUGCAAGUGUAUCAAACAGUGCUUUGCGCCAUGCUCUUCAGACAUCUCCACUUUCUUCUGUGUCAGAAGCUGCUAGCAACAUGGUACUUUCCAGCUUGAGUGAAAAUGAUUCUAUGAACAAUCAUUCAGAAGCAGAAUUAAAGAAUCUGAGAAGUCCCACUUCGUAUGGUUCGAGUAUGCCUCCUCCACAUUACCCAACCCCCCCUCAAUCAACUCCAACACAUCCAAGCAUUUCAUCUCCAUUACUCCUGACACAUCAACAGAACAGAGCAACAAGCAAUGCAACUGGACUGGUAAUUGAUCUAUGCAGCCCUCCACCCUCACCAGUAAUGAGAGCAACUUCUAGUAGUCAUACAAAUGGACCAGUAAUGUUGGAAUCUUGUGGAAUAUCUCAUGAUGCAGACAUCAUUCACACAACACAUUCCACAGAUAUUUCACCCUUUUCAUAUCAAGAAAUUCAUAUAGAAGGAAGACAACUACCAGUGGUUAACUUGGACCUUUACCAAAAUGACAAAAACUUGGCAACAAGUGUAUCUGAAAUGGUACAUCAACUUUUCCCAAGUCUCUCUGCAACAUCAUGUCAGUUUGUUCUACAGAAUGUUUUGGGAGUAACAUUGUAUGAUUAUAACAGGCUACAAAUGGACUUGAUGAUGAAGCAUGGAGUAAAUAUCUCACCUGAUGACAAGUUAGUAACUGUUAAAGACUUGGAAUCGUAUAUGCCACAACUGAAGUACAUGUUUGAAAGAGGAGGACAACCAACUUCUGAGUCAUCCAAACAUGAUGAUGCCCCUCCUGCCAAACGUCAUUGUUUUGAUAAUACAGUAAAAAGCUAGCUAUGCGAUAAAUGUAAAUAGUUGUAGAUAUAUAUAUGUACAUAUAUAAAUACCUAACCUAUGUUGUCAUUUACUUGUAUGAUUAUGAUAAUGGGUUUAUUAUAAAUCUACCACUAUUGUAGGUAGUGUUUAUGUACUGUAAAAAUAUUAUUCUAAAAAUGGAGUUACAUUAUCACAUGAAAGCACAUUUAUUAUGUAGAUUGUAGAAUCCGAUUUAGAUUCUCAAAUAGGUCACAAAUAAGAGAAAAAAAUUAAAAACUAUUUUAAAACUUUUAAAGUUCUGUUAACGAAUCAUAAUUUAAGGAAAAAAAGAUAACAUGACACAGACUAUUAAUUUCAAGUAAUGAUUCCAUUACUUUGUUUAAUUUUAUUGAAGGAAUAUUUCCAUACUUUUUUUUUUUUAUUAACAUAAUGCUAUAUUUCAUUUUUUUCCUUCCAUUGUGUUAUAGUUGUCAUAUUUUGAUUUAGUAUGAAAGAGUUAUGAACAUAGUUGAAUUUUCAUGUAAAACUAGCAACUUUUUAUGUAUUUUUCAUUCCAUGUCUGUCACGUUAGUGCAUAGCCUGUGAUAGAGCAGCUAAAAGAGGCUUAUUUAUGUUGGAUUGAUGUGAAUAUAAAACAUUAUUAAAAUGAAAAUUAUGAUUAAUAAAAAGUAUAUGUCUGGCAAGUUUACCCUAUAAUACAAGGUUCAGAUUUGACUCUUGAAAAAACCAGUGUCCAGAUUGACUACUGACAGAAAGUUAGCAGUAACUAAAUCAUCUCAAUUCAGUAGCCAAAAGUAGAGUAUUGGGUACUAUGUAGACAGUGCCAGUUUUGGAGCUGUUUUCACAAUCAGCUAUAAUUUUGUUUUCUCUCUCUAAUAAUCAGUAAUAUAUCUACCAAAAAAGGUCCAUAAACACAACUUGCUUUUAUUCAUUUAAUAACUUAUGAAACUUACUUUUGAAAUAGUUUAAUUACAAUAUGUUAUAAAUACAUGCUUAUCCAAAUAUGACUUAAAUCGAGUUGCAAUUGUCAGAACUAUGGAGGGCACCAUACUGUUGAGUACACAAUAGCAGAUUCAUGCACACUAAGACUAUUGCUGUUUGUCUGUUUUAAUUUGAAUGAUGUUGACAUAGCUUAUGGCUGCAUACAGUAAUUAUGUACAACUGUACAUUGUGUAAAAUUGAUUCAAAAAUUUUUACUUUCCAUCUCUGCUUUAUUCAUUACAUCACCAUUGUUUUACAUUAGUCAAAGGGCUAACAGAGAAUUUUGUUUUCAACAAAAAUGAAAAAAAUUGAUAGGAAAUGGUGGAUGUCAAGAGUGUUUAAUCUGAACUGUGUCUGGGUAGUAUAACAUAUUUUUGAAAACAAAAUAUUUUGUAGUAGUAUUAAACAUUUUAAACAUGUUUCAAACCUAUGGUAAUCCCAAAUUGCAUACCUAACCCCCUCAAUCUACUCUAUCAUAUCCAAGAAUUUAUCUCCAUUACCAACAUAACCAAAACAACUGCUAAUCAGAAGCACAUAAUAAAGUUGUUUUAAUUUGACAUCUAGUGGCAUAUCUUUAAUAUACUAUAUGAAGAACUUACCAAAGGUAGUUUCAUACAACAGUAGUGCAACUUCUCACUUAUAAAACUAUAUUUAUCAUAAUAUACAAUUAAUAUAAAUCUUGUAGAGUACCUUUCAUGCAUCCAAAGAAACUGUUAUGAAUAUAAGAUUUGUUGUAAGAGUGUACAAAACUUUAAAAGUCUGUUGUCAACAUACCCAAAGAAUCUCCAUUACUUCCCAUGAAAAAAAAAACUUUUUGAACACAUGGGGGUUCAGUGUGAACAUAUUAAACCGUUUCUCACAUUAAGUGUGUUAUAAAGUGAACUUCAUUUCUAAUGUAUUAUUAUCAUCACAUUUGUCUAAGUAUAAAAAUAAAAUAUGUUUUAAAACUUCCAAAACAUUGGUAAAUGCAGCAAAAAAACUUUCAGAAGUGUUACAUAGCAUUGUUAGUGAAGUAUAGUAUGUUGUAAUAAGCCUAGUAAUUUGUGUUUACUUGAAGGUACAUGUAAAGGUAGCAAAGCUUUGGAUUUUCAGUAAAAGGUAUAAUGGAUCUAAAAGUGAACUUGCAUGAUUACUUGUUAACAAGUAUACACUGUUUAAAAACAUCAUUUUCAAUACUUCAUCACUGUUUUAUAUUUGCCAUGAUUCUGAUGAAUGUAGCUCUUAGAAAAGCAGUCAAGAUGUUUGUUCUUUUUCUGGAUGAAGGUGAUAUGUUUGUGAACCUUUUGAAUUGAUACUACCAAAAUCUUGUUGUCAUAAGGCUUUUUUAAUGUUACUGAAUUUAUCUAACUAUGCCUUGCC